CAGGUUCUCUGGCUGGAUGGCAAAGGUAGAUCCACGGAUGAAAGUCCAACAAGCUCCAAACCAGUGUUCAACAUCUCCAGGUUAGCUCCGGAUGGCUCAGCUAUUCCAGUGGAGUGGGAUGACCUGCCUGUUGAUAUCAAGUACACCCAACCGUACAUGACGCUGCCUCUGCUCAAGCAGGAACAAGACCUUGUCACGCAAGAACUCAGGAGAGUGCCUGAUGCACAUAAAGUC